AUGGUGGCAAGAUCGCAACAAGAGCUUUUCAACUCCUCCUUCACAAAGAUCGAAUUUGAAGGUGACCUGAAACAGUCAGGAGCAGAACCACCAACAGUUUUCGAGAGUGUUUGCUUUACAAAAAAAUUUAAGAGUGUUUGCUUUGCCAAGCAUGAUGAAGUGUUUGAAAUCCCUCAUAUGAACGACUUGAGUGAUGAAGAGAUCGACGCUGUCUGGAUGAGCGACACAGACUUCAAGUCCAUUCGCAAGGAAUGCCGCAAGGUCAUCUUGGCGAUCGAACGAGGAUGCUUCAAAAGUCUAGCCGGUGUUGAAUUGCGAGGACUUGAACACCACCUAUUUAGUCAACGAAAGCAAAAGGAUGCCAUACGAGAAAUUCUAUAUAGCACCGUCGAGAAGUUACAAUCCUUCCAAGACGAAACAAAAACGGAUGUAUCUGACAUGAUGGCAGAGAUGUGCCAGAAGGUUUCCACGCGAUCCGGAAUGAUGGCUCAACAAAUGGCCCUGGGAGACGAAGUAGAAACGAAAUUAUGA